AUGUGUGAUGGUGUAAGGCUGGAGAUACAGGAGGCUGAGGUGUUAGCAGAUACAGGGGGACACAGGAGGGGUUUGACAGCUGUAGGUGUGCUUGUUGUUUUGGUCCUGCAGCACCGGCUGGGCAGGGGGAGCAGCACUGUUGAGCACUUGUUUUUGCUGUCUACUGCACUUCUGACUGCAGGUGCUUCAAAGCCAGUUCCUCCAGAGAAGUCCCCUGGCACUGUGACCUCCCCAACCCAGGAUGGAGCGGCAGACUUCCAGGUCGGGGACAGGGUCUGGGUCAACGGCAACAAGCCCGGCUACGUGCAGUUCAUCGGCGGCACGCAGUUUGCUCCCGGGCAGUGGGCUGGGAUUGUGCUGGACGAGGCCAUCGGGAAGAACGACGGGUCUGUGGCAGGGGUCCGGUACUUCCAGUGUGAGGACGGGAGGGGGAUAUUCACACGGCCGUCAAAGCUAUCCAAGACUGCACUGCCAGAGAAGGAGGCCAACGGGAGGCAGGCCAGUCCGGCGCCAGCAGCCUCUGCACCGAGCGAGCCUGCACCUGCUGGCAAUACCUCAACUGCUCAAGGGACUGGCAUAAAGACUGCACUUAACCGAAUGCUCACGUCCAGCGAGUCAGUGUCUAACAUCUCAGACACAGAGUCAAUGAAGAAGAGGAGGGAGCUGAGGCUCGGAGACCGUGUGCUGGUUGGUGGUAACAAGGCAGGAGUGGUGCGGUUUCUGGGAGAGACAGACUUUGCCAAGGGGGAGUGGUGUGGAGUGGAGCUGGAUGAACCGCUUGGCAAGAAUGAUGGAGCUGUCGCAGGCACCAGAUACUUUCAGUGCAUGCCCAGGUACGGUCUGUUUGCUCCAACGCACAAGGUGACACGUAUCGGCUUUCCCUGCACCACGCCGACCAAGUCGAAGAGCUCACGGAGGAAGUCCACGCUCAAGAGGAGCCCGAGCGCUUCCUCUGUCAGCACACUUAGCUCUGCCACCUCCUCCAUCAGCGGCAAACCCAGCCGGGCAGGACUGCUGACGGAGACAUCUGCUCGGUACGCUCGUAAGAUCUCUGGCACCACAGCGCUGCAGGAGGCUCUGAAGGAGAAGCAGCAGCACAUCGAGCAGCUGCUCGCGGAGAGAGACCUGGAGAGAUGUGAGGUGGCGAAGGCAACCAGCCACGCAGGGGAGGUGCAGCAGGAGAUGGUUCUGCUGAGGAAAGGACGGGAUCAGUAUGCAAUGGAGAUGGAGGCAAAGUUGGACCAGCUGCGUUCACUGGUGGAGGCAGCAGAUCGAGAGAAAGUGGAGCUGCUCAACCAGCUGGAGGAGGAGAAGAGAAAAGUGGAAGAUCUGCAGUUCAGUGUGGAGGAGGCCUGCAUCACCAGAGGAGACCUGGAGACGCAGACCAGACUGGAGCAUGCCCACAUAAAGGAGCUUGAGCAGAGCCUGCUCUUUGAAAAGACCAAAGCUGAAAAACUCCAGAGGGAUUUAGAGGACACUAGGGUGGCCACAGUGUCUGAGCGCUCCAGGAUCAUGGAGCUGGAGAGGGAGGUGGCCGACCUCCAGCUGCGGCUGCGGGCGUCCCAGCAGAAGGAGGACGCUGCGUCUCUGUCCCAGCAGCAGAUCAGCAGCCUCAAGGCCCAGGCACAGGCUCAGGAGAAGAAGAUCAGCGAGCUGAGUGUAGACGUGGAGAGCAAACAGAAGGAGCUUCAGUCUGUGCAGCAAGAUAAGAGCUCUCUGGAAGAGGAACUGACCGGCCUGAGACAAACGCUCGAGACAGCUGAGGAGGAGAACAGGAGGACAGCGAAGACCAUGCAAGAGUUGGAGCAGAUUGUGGAGCAGUCAAAGAAAGAGGUCCAAACCCUGAAAGAGGAGAAUCAGUGCAGAGAGAAAGAGCUGACAGAGGCAACUGAAAAGUCAGAGAGGACGGAGCGGUCGCUUGAGCAGCUGACCAAUGAGAAUAAGACACUGGAGACACAGCUCGAGGCUUUAAAACAGCAGAACUCCAAAUACCAGGAGGAGCUCAGUCUGUCGAAGGAGCGCAGCAGCUCGGAAACGCAGCGCAUCGGAGUCCUCUGCAAGGAAAUUGAGGAGCUGAAGCUGGCCUCCCAGAAGUCUCAGCAUCUUGAGGAGCACAAUGAGGAGCGUAACAGUCAACAGCCAGACAUGAAAACCAGAGAAACGAUCUCUAAUCAGGAGACGGAGGGCGAAAUAAACUUUCAGAAGUCCACUGGAGCCUUAUUCUCAGACAAAGACCGGGAGCUGGAGACGCUGAGGAAUGAGAUCGCGGUGCUACGGGGAGAAAACGCCAUGGCCAAGACGCUGCAGACGGCCGUGGAGACGUUGGAGAGAGACAAAGCUCAGCUGCAGAGCCGUGUUCACAGUCUAGAGCAAAGGCUCGUGGGAACGCAGGCCUCGGAGGAGGAAGACAGGGAAGCUCCACCGUCAGGCGACGCGGCCCUGGAGCAGCUGAGGGAGGAGAAGGAGUUCGCUGAGGGGCAGAUCAACUUCCUGAACAGUGUGAUCGUGGACCUGCAGAGGAAGAAUGAGGAGCUGAAGAUCAAACUGAAGAAGCUUGCUCUGGCUGAGUUCAACGGCAACGACGGCACGGAUGGGUUUGUUGAAGGUGUGUCAAAGCGGGAAAAGAAGGCGACGCCGCGUCUGUUCUGCGACAUCUGCGACUGCUUCGACCUUCACGACACAGAGGACUGUCCCACUCAGGCCCAGAGCCCCGACUCGGUACCUCACACCACCUAUCACGGCAACCCGGCGGACGAGAGGCCCUAUUGCGACAUCUGCGAGGCCUUCGGACACGCCACGGAGUCCUGCAACGAUGAUCAGACCUUCUAGUAGCUCCAAAAAACUCUUUACCUGCAUUUCCUUCCCUUUCCUCUUAAACCCAGCUCACCUCUUACUCUCCCACGACACAGCCCGACUAAAUCCCCUUCAGAUUUUUCCAUAUUGUAU